CAACUCAAAGAGGAAGGAUUAAAAAGUUGAAAGCUCCCCCACGUAUGAGAAAAAAAAGUGGGAGAGUGUUUUCUCACAGAGAAGUGAUUUCAAGCACUUGAAAAUUGAUUUCAUUUAAUUUUUUUUGGAUAAUUUUUGUGAAUUGUGCAAAAAAUUAACGACAAGGAUUUUAUUAACAACUGGCGCGUGGAAAGGUGAAGUGAAAAAUGCAGACCUCAAGCCCUAGAAAUUGGAGCAAAUUUUCCCUACUCAUGUGGAAGAAUAUGCUCCUAAAAUGGCGUCACAAAUUCAGUUCUUUACUGGAAAUUCUUGUACCAGUCUUCAUGUGUUCUCUCCUUGUGAUAAUACGAAGUCUAUCGGAACCCGAAACCUUUCCCAAUCCCCUGACGUACCAACGCUUGCCACUUCAGUACAUGGAGGAAUUCAGACUAUUUCGGCAAAAUAAAGAUGUCGAGGAGCUUAUCACAAAACUCUUGAGAGCAAAUAUGAAAUCAAAGUUAUUUAAGAAAUACAAUGCAAGUAAUUUCAUAGAUCUGAUAGACUGGAGGAUAGCUUAUUCACCCUCCCCGAGCCCUAUGGAUCCCCUGAUGGAAGAAAUGAGUCAAAUGUUGAAUGUAUCACUCACACGUGUUGCAAAUGCCCAAAACCUUUCGGAUCUCAUGCAAAUCGGCCCGCGUCCACGACCAUUUGCUGGAAUUGUUUUUCGUGAUGAAUAUGCCUCUUUGGGUGCCCUACCUGAUCACCUUGACUACACAAUACGCUUCCCGGCUGAAUUACGAACACGAAGAAAUCAGGAUGAUGUGUUGAGUUCAAAUUGGCAAACUGGAAGACUCUUUCCGGAAUUUCAAUCAAUCGGACCAAGAAAUAGGAAUUCAUCGGAUGGUGGGAUACCACCGGGGUACUACAGAGAGGGUUUUGCAGCCAUUCAACAUGCCGUAUCAAUUACAUUUAUUGAAAUGAAGAAAACAAAUCCCAGUACAAUCAUUCCCGAUAUCUUCCUUCAACGACUCCCAUAUCCACCCUUCACAUUGGAUGUAUUGCUUGAAGUAAUUGCUCUCAUUAUACCAUUUAUGAUUUUGGCAAGUUUUAUCGUACCCUGCAUCAAUAACGUCAAGUUCAUUACGGUGGAGAAAGAGAAGCAACUUAAGGAAGUCAUGAAGAUCAUGGGACUACCAAAUUGGCUUCACUGGACAGCAUGGUUUUGCAAAAUUAUGAUCUUCUUUAUGAUUUCCAUUACACUCAUGGUGAUCCUACUGAAAGUAUCCUGGUACCGUGAUACCUACAUUGCAGUUUUCACACACACCCAGUGGACAGUUCUGUGGUUCUACCUAUUCAUCUACAGCAUAGCUACCACAACGUUCUGCUUCAUGAUGAGCACAUUCUUCUCUAAAGCCAAUACAGCUGCUGCCGUUGCUGGUCUCCUUUUCUUCAUCUUCUACGUACCAUUCACCUUUACGGAACAGAACUACGAUAUGCUCUCACUUGCUGAUAAACUUCUUGUCUCAAUUUUUCACAACACUGCCAUGAGUUUUGGUUUCUUACUGAUAAUGAAGCACGAGGGAGCAGGACAGGGAUUGUCAUGGAACAAUCUCUUCACACCUGUUACCAUUGAUGAUGACCUUACUGUUGGUCAUACCGUGAUCAUGAUGAUUGUUACAACAUUCAUUUAUCUAGCAAUUGCACUGUAUGUGGAGAAAGUAUUCCCCGGGGAAUUUGGAGUUCCUGCUAAAUGGUAUUUCCCAUUCACUAAGAAAUUUUGGUGUGGUCAACAAGAGUAUCAUGGGGUUGAGGACAUGGCCACAGUUCAGAAUGAUAAAUACUUCGAACGUGGUCCAGUUCACCGACAUGCUGGAAUCCAGACGAAAGGACUUCGAAAGGUUUACAGCAACAAGAAGGUAGCUCUACAGGGUCUUACGAUGAACAUGUUUGAAGAUGAGAUCACAGUUCUACUUGGACACAAUGGAGCUGGUAAAACCACAGCCAUGUCAAUGCUAACAGGAAUGUUUCCACCUACUUCGGGUACAGCAAUGGUCAACAAUAGGGACAUCAGGACGGACAUUGAAGGUGUUCGUGAUUCUCUAGGACUCUGCCCUCAACACAAUAUCCUCUUUGAUAGUCUAACUGUUCGCGAACACAUUAUCUUCUACAGUCGCCUCAAGGGUCUCGAUAAAAAGAACGUAGAGGCCGAAGUUAAAAAAUACGUAGGAAUUCUCGAGUUGGAGAAAAAGAUCAAUGCAAUGGCUAAAACCCUCUCAGGGGGUAUGAAGAGGAAAUUAUCCGUUGGUGUGGCUCUCUGUGGUGGCUCUAAGGUUGUUCUCUGCGAUGAACCUACAUCCGGUAUGGAUCCUGCAGCUCGUCGAGCACUAUGGGAUUUACUGCAGGCAGAAAAGAAAGGUCGUACCAUCCUCCUAUCUACACACUUUAUGGACGAAGCUGAUAUCCUUGGGGAUCGUAUUGGGAUUCUCUACGAUGGUGAACUUAAAUGCUACGGCUCAUCGUUCUUCCUGAAGAAGACUUUUGGCAUGGGAUACCAUUUGAUUUGCGUCAAAGGCCCCCAUUGCAACACCUACGAAAUUACCAAUCUUCUCGAUCGCUUUGUUCCAGGAAUUAAAGUUGAGAAUGACAUUGGUACAGAACUAUCCUACCAGCUACCUGAUAAUGCAUCUAAGCAUUUUCAGCCAAUGCUUAAGGAAUUGGAGGAGCAUUCAUCGAAACUUGGCGUAGAGAGCUACGGUAUAUCUCUGACAACCCUCGAUGAAGUCUUCAUGAAGGUUGGAUCAGAUUACAAUGCAUCAGAAAAUGGUAAAACAAAUGGAAGCAUCGAGCAUAUGAAUUACGGCUCGGAGAUAUCCCUUGAAUCUGGGGACAGUACUCCUCUUCUAACAGGAGCAAAUCUAGCAAUAAACCAAUGGAGAGCUAUGUUUAUGAAGAAGAUCUUCUACACAUUGCGAAACUGGAUUCUAUUCUUACUUCAGAACCUCAUUCCUGUUGCUUUUCUCGUAAUGAGCAUACUUGUUGCAAGAACCUUCUCCGUUAAUUGGGUUCUACCACCCAAAACAUUCUCCUUUGAACCCUACACUAACAAUCCGGUAACAAUUGUGGAGCGAAACUACAAUUUAGAUACUGAUCCUGAACUUGCAAGUAGUAUCUUCAAUGAGUACGUGGCCUUAUUUGAGAAUCCACCAACUGAGAGAACCCUCAUCCAAACGGAAAUGCCGAUGCAGUACAAAGCACUGGAUGAGGCUGAAAGGAAUAUUGUGGCUUUCAAUAGUCGCUACUUGGUUGGUGCAACAAUAUCUGGCAAUGAAAUAACAGCUUGGUUCAACAAUCAACCCCUACAUACGAUCCCAUUGAGUCUCGAUGUUGUCUACAAUGCCAUUCUCCGUGCAACAUGUGGCCAACAGUGCGGUAUUACGCUUACAAAUCAUCCUAUCCCAUUUACCUACGAAUCCCGAUUGGUAAUCCUGAGUGUUGGCAACAACAUGGGUUUCCAAUUGGCAAUCAAUGUAACAUUUGCCAUGGCUUUCGUGGCGAGCUUCUUCAUUCUGUUCUACAUCAAAGAACGCAUGUCACGAGCUAAAUUACUCCAAUUCGUGUCUGGAGUCAAUGUCUACACGUUCUGGUUCACAGCACUUAUUUGGGACUACUUCACAUACCUAAUUACGGCAUGCUUGAUGAUUGCAACCCUUGCUGCCUUCCAAGAGGAAGGAUGGGCUGAAGGUCCUGAACUAGGACGUGUAUUUGUACUUUUGGUAUUCUUUGGAUUUGCAGUUAUGCCCAUAAUCUACCUCUUCUCAAUGCUCUUUCACGUUCCUUCGUCGGGUUUUACAAAUUCCGCUAUGAUUGGUAUAUUCACGGGAGUUGCAUUCUUCAAUGUUGUCUUCGUACUACGGAUCCCAUCGUUGGAACUUGUUCACGUUGCUGAUGGAAUGACAUGGGCCUUCCUGCUCUUCCCUCACUUUGCCCUCUCAAACGGUCUAAGUAACCUCAAUACUCUCAACACCUUCAUCCCCCUGUGUAACACGCUGUGCAAUUGGCCAUCUGAGGAAUGCUGUAUGCCUCAACUGCCAGAUCAAUGCUGUGUCCAGGGAUACUUUGAUUUUACGGAUCCCGGAAUUGGGAGAGACCUAGUCUACAUGGCAGUUGUGGGAGUCAUAAUGUUUGGCAUUCUUCUAAUUAAGGAAACUCGCGUCCUCGAGGGAGUCUUCUACCGUGGCAAGAAGGCUAUUGAAGCUCCAAUCCCAGAAACGGAAGAAGAAAGUGGUUUACUGGAUAGUGAUGUACAAGCUGAGAAGAAUCGCAUUAGAGAAAUGACUCUUGCUGAUAUUGAAAAUCACAAUUUGAUCCUAAAAGAUAUGACCAAAUACUACGGGAAGUUUCUUGCAGUUAAUCAACUAUGUGUCGGUGUUGAUGCGGGUUCCUGCUUCGGUCUCUUGGGAGUAAAUGGCGCAGGGAAGACAUCAACGUUCAAAAUGCUAACUGGGGAUGAAAUGAUUUCAAGAGGUGAAGCCUGGGUACGAGGGAUAAGCAUCAAGAGUGACAUGAAAUCCGUUCAUCAAAUCAUUGGCUACUGCCCACAAUUCGAUGCAUUGCUAGAUGAUCUCACAGGACGUGAAACUUUGUACAUUUUCUGCCUCCUUCGGGGUAUUUCGACGCAGAGAAUGAAGGGACUUAGCGAGCAGUUAGCUGUUGAACUUAACUUUAUGCAGCACAUCGAUAAGAAGGUCAAAGAGUACAGUGGUGGCAAUAAGAGGAAACUCUCAACGGCUGUUUCCCUAAUUGGAAACCCAUCUGUGGUGUACCUGGAUGAACCCACAACAGGAAUGGAUCCAGGUGCAAAGAGGCAUCUCUGGAAUAUCGUGUGCAAACAACGUGAUUCCGGGAAGAGUAUUAUUCUCACAUCACACAGCAUGGAGGAGUGUGAGGCUCUUUGCUCCAGAUUAGCCAUUAUGGUUAAUGGGGAAUUUAAAUGCCUAGGAAGUACACAACAUCUUAAGAAUAAAUUCUCCAAAGGAUACAUCCUUGUCAUUCAGCUGAAGAGGGAAUUUGAAGACAGAUUACGUUUAGCUGAAAAAGAUUUUGGUGAAUAUGAUGCACAAAAGAAAAUCCGAAAAGGAUUAAUGAAAAGCAUUUCUCUCAUUGACAACGCAAGUGGGUCUUCUGAUGCCACAGACAAUCCCGAGGAGGAGCUCAAAGGAGCCGCACAGAGGGUGAAAAAUUACGUGCUGACGCACUUUACGACUGCAAUACUCAGGGAAGCUUAUCAGGGUAGAAUGACAUUCUACAUUCCCACGACACAUCUCACUUGGUCAUCAAUGUUCGGUCUAAUGGAGAAUGCCAAGGAGACGCUAAACAUUGAGAGCUACUCUCUGAGUCAAACGAGCCUGGAGCAGGUAUUUCUGACAUUCACCAAGAAACAACGUGAGGAGGAUGAGAAGAAAUCAAAAAAGACCAGCUAGGAGUAGGCCACAAUGGGAUAGAGAUGUUGACAAGUGUUUCCAAAAAACAUUGAUCAUAUUUAGCAAGUUUUUUUUCUACUACAGAAAUUAUAUUCUUUUGGCUAAUUAAUUGUGAAAUAAAACAAAUUACAUAGUUGA